AAAGUAAAACGUUAAACGCCGGAUUGUCGUCCAAUUAAAACACUCGUUACAUUGUUCUUUUGUAUAUUUAGAAUCCGAGAUAAACCUAGAUUUCUCGAGAAAUGCGAUAAUUCAUUAUCUGAAAUUGAGAAAAUUAAUUAUCUGGAGAUUAAUUAGGACUAUCUGAAAAUCGAUCUGAAAAACCUAGAUUUUCUUAAUACUUUGAGAUAAACCGGGAUUUUCUCCACAUAAUGAAUUUUCUGUAAUUUCUGAGAUAAACUAGGAUUUUCUCGAAUUUGAAUUAAGCUGAGAUAAUCUUAAUUUAUCUGAGAUAACCCGGGAUUAUCUGAGAUAAUCUAAGAUUAAUUAAUAAAAGUGGUUCAGGCGUGCCAUACAUAAACCAUUAUAAAAGUCAAUUACUACAAUUCAUAUGCCGGAAAACGGUUCCGUACUACUAAACAACAAAGAAUAUGUCAGUCAGUGGAAAGAAUUUAAAAACGUAAAGUCUUUCAGUCAAAAAUGACGGAAGGAGCACAACGCCAAAGUCAACAUAUUAAAGGUCGCACUGAAGACCAAGUAAUACAAUUAGACACUGAUGAAUCAAAAACAAUGUUAAAACCAAACCAACAAAUUAGGCCAUUACUUCCAAACAAAUGUAUCAGGGAUUUUGCGUUAAAGUUGUAUGGUAUGAAUGUUUUGAAAUUUGAGGAAUUAGAUAGUUUUGAGGACAGGAACUAUCAUAUCAUCGUAGACCCUGUUAUAAACAAUAACUAUAUUAAAGACUUCAGCAAAACAGGCUACGUUCUGAAGGUUCUCAACUUGAGGGAUUCCAAGACACCAGCUUUUAUAGAAGCACAACAUUCAAUCUUAGAACAUUUACGGAGGAAGAACAUUCCUGCGCAAGAAGUUGUACAGAAUGUAGAAGGAAGAAUGUGGUCACUGCAGGGUGUUACUAAUAAAUCUAAUGAAAUUAACAGCCGAUACAUUUUCCAUAUGAUGAAAUACAUGGAAGGAGAAAUAGCUAUUACUAAGCCCUAUGUUCCAGUGACUUUAUUCAACAUAGGAAAGUUUGCUGGUAGACUACAGAAUGCUCUAGAGGAUUUUGAUAAUGCUUUUCUAAGAGAAAGAGUUUGCCAAUGGAAUUUGGCAGAAUGUCCUCGAAUUUUAGAUUUCGUGUUUGCUUUGAAAAGCAAGGAAUAUGCGCAACUUGUAAAUGUUAUCAUAAAAGAAUAUAUCAAAGAAGUGAAACCAGUGUUGGGCCAGUUAAGGAAAGUACUCAUUCACGGUGACCUUAAUGAAAACAACAUUCUUGUCAAAGAGCUUGGUGAUCAAUCCAGCGUUCCACAGGAAAAACGAACUUGCGAUGUUAUCGGUAUUAUUGACUUUUUCGACAUGCAUAACAGUUACACAAUAACUGACAUAGCGAUUUUGAUAACACACAUGUCUACCGAAUGUAAAUGCAUGGAUUCACUAGAUGCAGGAGGACAUAUCUUAGCAGGUUAUCUGACUGAGAGUAAACUAACAGCCGUGGAAAUAGAUAUUCUGAGGACAUUAAUCUGUUGUAGAAUAGCACAUGUUGUAGUUAUGUCAGGGUAUACUCUCACAAUGGACCCUGAUAACAAAUAUGUAUCAUCUUACGUCGACAGGUAUAAACCUCUUCUAUGGAAAUACUGGAACACAUCUAAAGGCGAACUGCAUGAAAGAUGGAUCACAAUUCUCAAAGAAUACGGCAUGGAUAAUUUAUACAAUGUUUAAAAAUGGUAAUGAAAGCAUUCCACUUGAAUGGUGUUUAGCUACGAUUUAGACAAACAAGAAAAUACGUUUUUUAUUUGUUUCCAACAUUCACAAGUGUAAAAUGAUAUUUCUCUGUUACCACAGUUACCACUUACUUUACAAAAUAAGCUCUAAAACAUCGCUGUUGUAUUAUUGGCUUCAAAGUCAAAAAUUUAACCUCAUUUGAAUCCGUAUUCAUGCGACCUGCAAUCUAACCUUUGUUGGAAAUGGGUUACGCAUGCGCUCAACAUGUACAGGGAUUAAAACGAAUGUCAGCUGAAUAGGUGAAACUAGGAAAGGCAGCAGUAGGAAGUCUGAUCUCGUUGAUUGAUUCUACCUAAGAAAAUCGUUCUUAUAAAAGUUAUGAGUAAAUGAUUUAUAUUCAAUUUAUAUAUGUUUUUAUCCAUGAAAUGAGAUUGAACAGAACUCAGAAAUCGAAAUUAUACUGUUGCACGUGCUAACCUAUCUUUUUUUAUUUUAUGUUUACUUGUAUGCUUAUAUCUAUAUAAAGUGGUGGCAUGCCCAUUGCCAGUUUUCGCGGGUCAUGUCGGUAGUUAUUUAGAUAAUGUCCAGUCAAGAAUACACGAAAUACUAUAUAACGACA